GUGGCCUAUGGCCUCUUCAACACCCCCCACCUCCGGGUUCCUCUGGACUCCCCCCUGGUUGCCCACGGCUGUGGUUGCCUUCUGCCUGCUGAGCCUGCCCAGUGGGUGGCCAGGAACGGAGGGCUGUCUCCACUGCCGGGAUGGCUACAAGAACCUCCAUUUCCGCUUUGCCCGCCUCUGUGCCCAAUAUCAAAAACGCUACAACCGGACAAACUGUAGCCGAUACCCCUGGGGAAGAAACGGCUCUCGGGGCUUCGCCCUAGAUGAGUUGUCUCUGGAUUUGCUCCUGGAAAAAACACACCGGGUCUUUCAGGUGAUUGAAAUCAACCAAAGCCUUGCAGACCUGCCGCAGUUCUGGGACUGGCUUCAUGAGGUCAAGAUGCCGGCUGAGAGCAGAGAAGCUCUCUGCCCUCCAGCUUGCCAUGGUUCGGCCACCGCAAUCAACUGCUCCACUUGCCGGCUGGCUGAGGUGUCCUGUUGGGAUCGGAAGACCUGCUACCCAGAGCGCACGAGCCUCCAGAAAUCCGUCGUGCUGCUGAGCUCCAUCGCUGGCUCCUGCCUGUUCUUGGGUGUGGUCUCAUGUGCCCUCGAAUUUCGACUCAAUCCGGGGAUUGCAACGGAGGGCGUGUCCGGAUGGCGAGGGGAGCAGCUCGGAGACCCCAGAUAGCUCCCUCCCUUGGGCACAGGACCGGAGAAUGGAGCCUACAUCUGACAGACGUAGAAGAGUGCAGCUGGCGACGAAAAGGGCUCCGUGUGCUCAGAACCCCCCCCCCGUGCAAGUAGCCCUGAGCGCUUCUGUCCCGAAAGGUCCAGGGUGUGAGCCACGAGUGCAAAUGUCAAAGUUCCCCACACGGCAUGGCGGGAGCACUGCGCAAAAGCCUGUGUCAGUGUCUUACUCUGCUUUUCCAUGUGGGCGUGCACACUUUUUAAUGUUGGCCGUCCUGCAACCAUGGCACCCUGGACCUCGAAGCACACUCGCAAGAGAGUGUGAGGUGUGUGUGAACGUGAGCACAGGAGCUGGGCCCGGGAGGCCAGCCGCGUGACUGUGCAAACCCCGGGGCGGGGGGCAGAGACCCCACCUCCACCUGCUGCAGCACACAAGGCCCUGUUGCCACCGACCUGCACAGCCCCGUUGCACAAGCACCAGGGCUCCUCCCAAGCAGGAAGCAUCGGCACCGCUACAUGGAACCGGUUGCUGCCGCCUGGGGCGUUCUGCGUAGGAGUCUGGAAGCGGCCACCACGGCAUGCUUGCGCCAUGGCCUGAGGAAGGCUCUGUGUUGCCACACAGAAGAGGCACAGCAGUAGCCGAGGGAUGGAGCGUGAUGGAAGAUGCUGAGAGAGUUACCGUGGAUGAGGGCUGCCUCAACCAAUAAAC